AUGCCUCCUCCUCCGUCUAACAUCGUCUUCGCGCGAGUCGAGACCCCGACCGACGAAACGUUUGUUCACGAUGCGAACGAUAUCAUGGCUAGCGUCAUGGGACAAGGCCGGUAUCCCGCUCACGAGGCUUCACUCGCGCUCACUGGAGGCGACAUGACGCGCGUAGCACGCCUGGGUGGUCUCAUGAUACGCCCAAUCUCCCUGCUUUCUGGCGUCGGCCACGCUUACACCGCCCGGGAUGAAAUCGGAGCCCUGGUGGGGUUCUUGCUUUUUACUCUCCCGGGACAAUUGAUGCUCUCGACGGACGAGCAGCGUAAGAUGGGUAUGUACGAGUACAUGGCUGAUCUCUCGCCGGAAGUCCAGGAAUACUUCGCUGAAACGAUGGGCAAAGAGGUUCCCAAGCUCAACGACCAGAUGUUCGGCAUCGAGGCGGCCGAGCGCACCACGUACUGGUGCAACAUGGCGAUGGUCCGCGCGGAAUACCAGGGCAAGGGCAUCGCGAAACGCAUGUUCCAGAUGGCCUUCGACGAGGCUGCGAAGUUGGGUGCCACUGUCGCGCUCACUACCACGAACCGCGUCAACGUACCAAUUUAUGAGAAGAUUGGGUUCACGCUCCGCGGGGAGAAGACCGUUCCAUCUCCCUGGGUGAACUGGAUGAUGUGGUAUUUUUCGAAGGAUACGGAAGCUCAGUGA